AUGCAUUAUAACCUCUCUGGUAUAUUAGCUCCUGAGCUGGGUCAGCUAGUUCAUAUGAAAAGAUUGGUUCCUCACUUUGAUGUCAGGGAUUUUAUGUGGAACAAUAUCAGUGGCAGCAUUCCGAAGGAGAUUGGCAACAUUACUGCUCUUGAGCUCCUGUAUAGUCACAGGCUUUUGAGUGGAAAUCAACUAUUGGGGCCGUUACCCGAUGAACUUGGUUAUCUCCCAAACUUGAAUAAAUUUCAGUUGGACCUGAAUCAGAUAUCUGGAUCAAUCCCAAAAUCAUUUGUAAACUUGCCCAAAGUUCAACAUUUCCACAUGAACAACAAUUCAUUUAGUGGCCAGCUUCCUCCUGAGCUUUCGGCCCUUCCUCUUCUUAAACACUUCCUUUUGGAUAACAACAAGUUAACAGGAUAUCUCCCACCAGAGUAUUCAGAAAUGCCGAACUUGACAAUUCU